AUGACGAUCAAGAACAAGUAUCCCCUUCCGAGAAUAGACGACCUGAUGGAUCAGUUGCAUGGCGCGUCGGUGUUUUCCAAGAUAGAUUUACGGUCGGGAUACCACCAGAUCUUGGAGGAACAUGCAGAACAACUGAGGUUGGUGCUUAGUGUUCUAAGGGAGAAACAGUUGUAUGCUAAGUUAUCCAAGUGUGAAUUUUGGAUGAAUGAGGUGCAAUUUUUGGGGCAUGUGAUAUCUGCACAAGGCAUAGUAGUGGAUCCAGCAAAAGUGGACGCAGUGGUUAAGUGGGAAAGUCCCAAGUCAACAACAGAAAUAAGGAGUUUCGUGGGUCUAGCUAUCUACUAUAGGAGAUUCAUAGAAGGAUUCUCCAAGAUAGUGACACCUCUAACACAGCUUAUCCAGAAGGACCAACCUUUCACUUGGAUGGAUAAGUGUGAGGAAAGCUUUCAAAAUCUUAAGAGAAGGUUGAUGAGUGCUCCCAUAUUGGUCAUCCUGGAUGUUGGUAAACUCUUUGAGGUUUACUGUGAUGCCUCACAUAUAGGUUUGGGUUGUGUGUUGAUGCAAGAGAAGAAGGCGAUGACGUAUGCUUCAAGGCAACUUAAGGUGCAUGAGAGAAACUACCCCACUCAUGACCUGGAGUUGGCAACUGUAGUGUUUUCCUUGAAGAUCUAA